AUUACACAUCCCUUUUCUCUCCCCUUUUUCCUUUCUUUCUUUGUACCAAUACAACAAUGGCAGAGCUAGAAAUCACUCAAAAUCAAAGCCUGAUGCCAAAACUCAUCGAUUACUUAUCUUCUCUGCUCCAAAAGGUGGCUGAAGCUAACGAUAUUAAUGGCAGAUUUCAACCCCAAAAGAUCUCAGUUUUUCAUGGACUUACAAGGCCAAAUAUCUCAAUUCAGAAUUAUUUAGAGAGGAUUUUCAAGUAUGCAAAUUGUAGCCCUUCUUGUUUCGUUGUUGCUUAUGUUUAUCUUGAUCGGUUUACUCAGUGCCAGCCUUCUUUGCCCAUCAAUUCCUUCAAUAUUCAUCGUCUCCUUAUUACCAGUGUCAUGAUUGCUGCUAAAUUCAUGGAUGAUAUGUACUACAAUAAUGCAUAUUAUGCAAAAGUUGGAGGAAUAAGCACCACAGAGAUGAACUUUCUAGAAGUGGAUUUCCUAUUUGGAUUGGGUUUUCGCUUAAAUGUGACACCCACUACUUUCCAAACCUAUUGUUCAUAUCUUCAAAAAGAGAUGCUUCUGCUUCAGCCACCACUCAAUUUAGAUGAUUCUUCCUUAUAUAUGGGAAGAUCACCAAAACUCCAAUACAUUUGUUUCAAUGAAGAUGAUUCCUCUUCCCAACAACAACAACAAUUAGUUGUUUAAAUUCGAUUAGUCUUAUUGAUGUAGUUAUCAAGUUAGGUUUAGGGUCCGUUUUUAAACCAAAAAUUGUACUAAAAAAAAAGAGCUGUGUGGUUGUUGUAUUUUGCAUUUUUUUUCUUUCUAAUUUUCCAUUUUGGGGGUGAUUUAGAACUCAAAAAUGAAUUGAUAUGUACAUAUGGGUGCUUUUACUUUACAGUCUGGCCAAAAAGUUUAUUUCUUUA